GAGGCCAGCAAGAAGAAAGGGGGUUAUUCCAUAUGUGUGUGAGCAUCGUGCGUGUGUGUAUCGGCGCACGAUCCUCGGGACCGAAAAGGCGUUCUACUACCUGCCAAGGGUCCUUCGGUCAAAUUACGCUAAUACCAAGGGGUGGUUCUAUCUGACCUGACUGACCUGAAGAUAAAAUACGAGAGAGAUAAAGGAUUUCUGCUCCGAUCGGGAAUUUUCUCCCUCUUCCUAGAGUGUCUUAGACGACUUCGCGACAACUCCAGGCUCUUUAAUGUUUUCUCCGUUUGUGAGUUUCGUGAUUGGAUAGAUAUUGCGACGUUCAACGCGCGCGCGAACGGAACGUUUGAUGAAUCGCGCUCGGAACCUCUUCGCAAUGGGGAUGACAGUUCUCGCGGAUGACAGAGACGGGGCGACGUGCGGCUCGUACAUGGCAGACCACGGGGACGAUCAUAGCGCAAUCAGUUGCGCAGUGAAUUAGCUCGCUAAGAGAUUGACGAUUGCCAAGUGUCAUAAGCUGGUGCUCGCAUUAGAUAGCGGCGCGCUGGUUUUAGCGUUAACUGUCUUAACGCGCGGCGAUCAAGCGCAAUCGCUGCUCCAAGUUACCGUGAUCCGAACGAUGCACUGUCGCUAAAUCGCGCUGUGUCAUUUUGUUUUCGUUUCAACCCUCAUUCCGCAUCGUUGGAUCGGCCGAUUGGACAACCGCAUAAUAUCUGCACGAAUUAUUAAUCUACUCUACAUCGGCGACGUUCACACGUGGCUUGCUCGGUGCUGUCACAUCGAUUAUCUCGACCCGUCGUCGUCAACAUCGUCAUCAUCAACGUCGUUCUCAUCGCCGCGUGUGGACCUCUCGUCCGUGGAUUACCACGCACUUUAUCGCGUCCCCGUCUAUCCUUCGCCGCUGCCCGUGCCUCUUCGCUUCCCUGUUCCACGUUUAUCUACCCCUCCACCUGUCUGCUGCGGCGCUGCACACCCUCUCUCCCGCCACCAACCCCGUCAUCGGACGCGCGGUACCCAUACGAUUUUCCCUAUCCCCACCCGCCUGUCGUUCGCUCCUCGCCUGUCUCCGCUUACCUUCUGCACGCGCUUUCUUUAUUUACUCCGUGAAUUCACGGACCAACACGACCGGCUCGAUCACGAUGAGCGCUCCGUUUCUCGGUUCUUGGUGAAAAUCCUCGGCGUGUACUCGCAUCACGCGCACGUCGUGUUUCCUACUGCUGGACCCAUUCGCGAUUUACGCUACGUUUCAUUUGAUCGGUGUUCCGCAAAAACUGGGGAAAUCUACAUAUACCCGUUUUGCUUAUCGCUUUGUUAUCGCAACGACCAUGCGACGACUUUCAUAUUUCGGGUGAACUCUGGUCGACUUGUGCUUCACGUAUCGCGCGGAUUAUCAUCGAACUCAUACGGCGGUCACGGAACCAUCACCUACACCAAUCAACGCGGACAUAAAUAUUGUUGUAACACCGGCAAUAAACCGUCAUCAUCUGCACCAUCGCCGAUCACGUGGCUUGCUCGACGGCGACGCUGUACGAUAAUGUUCACGCCGCGCCGCUAUGUGGCUCCGGCGUGGGCCACCCUGGCUCGGUCACGCCGAUGGGGACAGCAACCGGAGCGGGGAAUUCCACCGGGGUGACCUGGUGGGCCAUGAUGAACGGUUCCCUCUACGAGGACAGCCCGCCGCCAGUUCCACCAACAGCCUCGACCCUCGUAUCGAUUCAACAGACAACCUCGACACCAGGUUCUCAUCAAGCGACAACACCGACUUCACCUGGUGCACCGGUAUCAUCGGCAACGACAGCGCCACCGGCGCCUACAGCGAGCGCCAGUUCAACCUCGCCGAGCGCUUCUUCGGUAGCGAGCAACAGCGCGGCCGGGCCACUUCACAUACCCGCCAAGAGAUUAACAGCGACACCAGGAGGCGGUGGUACCACUUACGGAGAAGUAGCUUGCGUGGAAUCAUCAGGCGCGCCAGGCGGUGCGGGCGCAGCAGGCGUGAUACGGCACUCUCACUCGGCAGGGUCUCAAGGCGGCUGGAGUUACAGUCCGCACCAUCCCCAGGACUCCCACUACUCGUCCACGGCGGGCGAAUCGUUGAACCAUCAUCAGACUUACGGGGGUAACAAUCCCCCCACGUACUACAACCUGGCGGCCGAUCCCACCUCGACCUCCGGUUCCUCCAGGGACAACCGGAAGGCCGGGCUGUUUUGGUCGCCCGCGGCAGCCACCGCUGGAUCGGCCAGUACCGCCGGCUCUACCUCGGAUUACAAGUCCUACAAUUCGGCCGGCGCGGCAACUACGACGUCGAGUACCGGUGGAUCCACCACCGGUGCCACCGGCGCCGCCGAUCCAGCCGUGUCGUCCUGUCAUCAGAGCUUCUCUCAGAGCUGGUGCAAUUACGGGCCAUACACGACGGCGAGGCAUCACCAUCCUGUUGACACGGCUGGACAUCAUCAUCCUCAUUCGCAGGCGGGGGUACCGUAUCUGGCGCCAUCCGCGGCGGAUGACCGUGGUAGGGUCGCUGCCGCUAUGGUUGCUGCGGAUGGUGCCUUUCCUCACGAUGGAUACGGCGGCCUGAGAAGCGCCUACGGAGCGCCCGAACCUGUUACUUCGAGCCCCUACCCACCUCCAGUGAUGUGGGGUUCCUCCCCAUCUUCCUUGUUUCCCGCAGGUUCGCUUGCGGGUGUGGGAGUCGGGGUUGGUGUCGGGAUGGGUGUCGGGUGCGGCAGCUCCAACCCCUUGGAAUGGACGGGCCAAGUGACGGUGCGGAAGAAACGCAAGCCUUACUCCAAGUUUCAAACUCUCGAGCUGGAGAAAGAAUUUCUCUUCAACGCUUACGUGUCGAAACAGAAGCGAUGGGAGCUCGCGCGCAACCUGAAUCUGACCGAGCGCCAAGUCAAGAUCUGGUUUCAAAACCGUCGGAUGAAGAACAAGAAGAACAGCCAACGGCAGACCCAGCAGCAAAAUAACAACAAUAAUAGCAGCAGCGCCAAUAAUGCGAAUCACCACGCGGCAACCGGCAGUCAUCACCAUCCGAGCACCGCGCACGCACCACCCUCGAGUCACCACGUGGUCGCGCAGGCGCAUCACGCGAACGGCUCGACGAAGCAUCAUCAGUGACCCGUGGCCUUCUCUGGGGUCGUCUUCGGGCAUCAUCAUCACAGUCAUACCUCGUCCAGCAGCGGGGGCAGCCAUAACAGCCUGGUAGCAGGUCACAGCCAUAGCCUCCACGCACCGCAGUCCCAGACGCCGCUGCCGCCGAUUCACGUGUCGUCGUCGUCGUCGGGCACCGUAACGCCCGCCACGGCCGUAGUCCAUCCACACACACAUACGCACGCACACUCCGGCAACCAUCAUCAUCAGCUGGCGCACGUGGCUCAACAGUAUCCCGCUCUCCUACAUCAAACGCCUCACGGCUUGGCCGCCUGAACACACCGAACGCCCCAGAGAAAACCCGUCGAGACGCCUCGAAUGAAUUGAGGUGAUCCCAUUAAACCGUCGAUUAACAUCCACGUCCACGGGAAUUUGAUGAAAACUCAUGGACUCUAUCGAGCAGCCGUUCAAAGACUGCCUCUACUAAGGAAAGAUAAAGCUCGCGCGUAGUAUAUUAUUAAUUAUUAAUUAUAUUAUUAAUUAUUAAUUAUAUUAUUCAAUCAAGCGAAAACUUCGCUAUUGUAUAGAAAGGGCGCGUUUGGGGCCACUAUUUCAAGCGGCCCGAAGACUCUUUUUGAGUGUCGGUGUCGGGUGACGGGUAUGAAUAAUACACGUCAUCGGACGACACCAAGCAAUCUGUCCAAUUCGUAAUUCGGUAGUAUUUUCUCCAGUUAUACAUAUAUA